GAGAAAAAAAAGAAGGAAAAAAGGAAAAAAGAGCGAGAGAGAGUGAAAGAGUUUACUCUGCUGGACUCCGGGAGGCUGAAGCUCAUCCUCACCACGCUCUACAGCGGGGAACAAACCCGCAGCACGACAUCAAACUGUUCAGAGCCGAAACUUUUCCAGCUUCAGAAGAAACGUCAGUGCUGAAGUUGGAGGUAACAAGGUGGUUAACACGCUCUGCUGUGCUCCCUUUUGAGCCGCCCCUCCUCCCUCCCCAUCCUUUACUCUGCCUCUUCCAACAUGUCCUCUCAAGACACUGCCAUCAAGGGGUCUCGACCUGUGACCCCUCCACUGCCUUCUCCAAGAUCCCCACGGUCUCCAGAAUCUCUGCACCUCCCGGCCUGCAGACACAGAGAUCGCUCGCCUUCCCCUAUGAGAGGCUACCUCAUCCCCAGCCCUCUGCCCACACGCAGAAACAGGACCUGCUCAGCGACGGCUCGUGCAUCGGAGGGACCCGUGUUUACUGGCAUGUGUAAAUAUUUCUCGCGCUCCAAAGGCCAUGGAUUUAUCACGCCAUCGGACGGGGGCGCUGACAUCUUUGUCCAUAUCUCAGACAUCGAGGGCGAGUAUGUGCCGGUGGAAGGCGAUGAAGUGAGCUACAAGGUUUGCUGCAUCCCUCCUAAACUCGAGAAGAUCCAGGCAGUGGAGGUGACCAUCACCCAUCUCAAACCUGGGACCAAACACGAAACCUGGUCGGGGCGCACCGUCGACAGCUGAACACCUGAGCCGCGCUGGUGGGAGGGAAGAGGAGUGGGUGGAGUCAGCAUGAUUGGGGGGGCGGGG